UUGCAAUCAGGUCGAAUUUACGCAUGGGCUCGUGAUUCUUCUACACAUACAGAGGACAACAACAACGAAGCCGUACAGAACGUAAAACAGCUCAAACGGCGAAUCCGCAGUAAACUUUCCCGAUUGGUUUUACUAUGUCGUGCAGGGAAACGGCACGUUCGAUCGCAUCCAGUUCUCGCUGCAAUGCGUCACGAAUUACUUCGCAUACGUACGCAACUAACCGGAUCACUUACCACGGAUGGCACUGCAGCCAUGGGAUCUGCCCACGUUGGAGUACUUCGAAUUUCCGAUUGGGAAGACGAUUGUGAAUGUGCCUUGAGGCGCUUUGUUCCGUCAAAUCUCUGCUCAGUCUUUGGCCGACUGAUUGAUCAGAUUACGGACCUAUUUUUGGAGUUGCCAGCACAAGUCCCCGGUAUUUCGGUCCCCACUGUUAGGUCACAGUCCAAGUAUGAACAACAUUCUCGUUGGCGCAACGUGAUUUCACAGACUGUGAUCAAUUUCUAUAACCACCAGGACACGUGGGCCGGAAUUGAUUUGCAAGUGGAAGAUCGUAUUGCGGAAUUGCAGGCUUCCGGGGAGGCCCUUUCUCUAUUCACCUCUCACUCGGAUAGUUCCGAAUCGGACGAUGGACUAGAUAAAACGAAAAGGUCAGUCCAUGGAUUAUUAUCGAUAAAAACAAUAGGGAAUGAAGGAUUUUAG